AUGAACUUAGACGACACAGUAAAACCCGGGUGUAGGGAUCCCUACCUGCAAAAGUCCAGGUUUACCCGGGGCCAGUGCGCUACUUGCGGCGCGCAACUCCUGCUCAAGUACGCGCACCGUACCAUGUGCUGCCGCUAUGCGUGUCUUAAGGCGGCUGCGGCGAAGCGGCGGGCGCGGCAUGCCGAUGGCAGUGCGGACGAUGCGUUCGUGGCGGUGCUUGGCAUGCACUUCUGCGAUCCCAAUCAGCUCAUCGCAACGAAGCAGCGCAACAAGCUGGCUGCUGCCAACAAGGCCCUUGGGAAUCGCAAACCCACACUCCCGGGUCGCGGAACAUGUGUCCGUGAGACGGUGUUGAGACCUUUUGGCAAAAACUGA